CAUAUAAAUACCUUCAAUAUUUUCAGUUUAAGAUUAUAUUUCAUCAUGGACUCCUCCGCUGUUGUAAUAACAGGUGUAUCGGGAAGUUUCCCCGAAUCUGAAAAUGUCAACGAAUUUCGAGACAACCUCUUUAACGACGUCGAUCUUGUUACUGAUGAUGAGCGUCGUUGGACACAUUUUCAUCCGGAAAUUCCACGGAGAAGCGGAAAACUCAAAGAUAUCACAAAAUUUGAUUCUGGAUAUUUCGGAGUUUCGAAAAAAACCGCCGAUUGUAUGGAGCCUUUAGUUCGGCUACUUGCUGAAAGAGUUUUUGAGGCAAUGGUCGAUGCCGGACAUCACCCUGAUGAUUUUGAAAACGAAAAAGCCGCAGUUUUCGUCGCCGGGUGUUCGUUAGAAUCGGAAAUGAUUACUUUUUGUAAGACACCAACGAACGCUGAAGUUAUGGGACGUUCCACAAGAUUCGCAGUUGCUUCCCACAUUCCAUACUUCUUUAAAUUGAAUGGUACAACCACUUUGGUUGAUACAGCAUGUAGCAGCUCAAUGUAUGCUUUAGAUGCUGCAUAUAAUGCUUUUAAACGGGGUGAUUGUGAUAAAGCCAUCGUUUGUGGAACUUCACUUUGUAUCCAACCUUUUGGAACGUUACAAUUUGCGAGAUUAGGAGUUUUAAGCUUGGAUGGUUCUUGUAAAUCAUUUGACGAUGCAGGAAAUGGUUAUGUUCGUUCAGAAGGUGUCGUUGCAAUAAUUUUGGAAAGAGCCCCAAGUGCAAAAAGAAUUUACGCCCAAGUGGUUCAUUCGAAAACGAAUUGCGAUGGUUAUAAAGAAGAAGGGAUCACUUUUCCAUCAUCAAAGCUUCAAAAAACGUUAAUGAGGGAAUUCUAUGAUGAGUGUCAAAUCGACCCGGCAUCAUUAACUUUCGUAGAAGCUCAUGGAACUGGUACGCCGGUGGGUGAUCCGCAAGAAUUGGCUACAAUAGAUGAAAUAUUUUGCAAAAAUCGCGAUAAACCCCUCCUUUUAGGAUCGAUUAAAUCGAAUAUUGGUCAUAACGAGCCUGUUUCUGGGUUAUGUUCGAUCGUAAAAGUAUUAAUCGGCUUUGAAUCCGGUUUUAUUCCCCCAAACAAAAAUUUUAAAACCCCCAGAAAAGGAGUUAAAGCCUUAGAAGAGGGCCGAUUAAAAGUUGUGACGAAAAAAACACCAUGGCCUGAUAAAGACGUUUACGUUGGAAUCAACAGCUUUGGAUUUGGGGGUGCAAACGGGCACGUUUUAUUACAUUGGAACAAUAAAGAUAAAAAUUCGAUUAAAAAUUAUCAAUGUAAAAUCCCAAAAAUGAUUUGUUUAAGUGGAAGGACCCAAGAAUCGCUUAAAAACACUUAUCAAAAUCUCAUCAGAAACGAUUUCGACCCGGAAUUAAUAAAAUUAAUUCACCAAGUUUAUAAAAAAAAAUUUUUGAAUCAUUUAUACGAUGGAUUUUUAAUUUUCGAUGAAAAAUUAGUGAUUGAAAAAAGUAUUUCGAAAAGGGUUAUUAACAAAAAUAAAUUGACGAUUAUUUUUAACGAUUUUAAACAUGAUGCAUUAAAAUUACACGAAAUUUUAAUUAAUAUUCCGAGAUAUGAAUUAAUUUACGACGAAAUUAAAAAAAUUAUUUACGAAUUAAACAUUGUUUCGAACGAAAUUAAUAACAUUUUAAUCCAAUUGAUUUUGGCGGGAAUUUUAAAAUCCGUUCUAAUUAAAACUGAAAAUGUAACGUCGAUUGGGGUUAAUUACGAUUUAAAAGUAAUUUCGAAUUAUUACAACGGUGAAUUAAGCUUGAAAGAGGCUGUAUUAAAACUUUGUACUAAAAAGCAUCAAUUAAAUGGGGAUUAUGAGGAUGUUUUUGGAAAUGUUGAUGGUGAUGUUGUUUUAAUUGGAAAUGAUGAGGAUUUUGGGUUAAAUAAUCGCGGUUUGAUUCGAUUAAUUGAUCAACGGGGAGAUGUUAUUGUUAAUUUUUUGAAAUCUUUGGGGAAAUUGUUUUUGAAAGGUUUUUCAGUUGAGUUGGAUCAAAUUUAUCCGGAAAUUCAAUACCCGGUGAGUCGAGGAACCCCGAUGUUGGCUCCACUUAUUAAAUGGGAUCACCGAAAAGAUUGUUAUACUUACAAAUUUUCAUCAAAGAAAGAAACGAGGUUAACAGCUCAAGAUUUCGUGCAUGUUAACCCGAAGGAAAGUCAGUGGGACUUUGUUAUGGGACAUAUAAUUGAUGGUAGAAAUCUUUAUCCUGCGACGGGUUAUCUAUGUUUAGCUUGGGAAACUUUGUGCGCAUCCCUCGGAACGAUUCCACAAGAAACAACGGUCGUUUUCGAAGACAUAAAAUUCCUCCGAGCCUCGUACGUCCCCUCAAAAGGAACGUUAUCUUUAAAAGUAACAGUAAAUUCCGGCACAAAAUCCUUUUCGAUAUCAGAAAACGAAAAUGUUUUGGUGGCGGGAAAAAUCUCCAUCUCGGAAAAUGAAGGUUUUUACCGAAACAAUCAUUUAGAAAGGGGUUAUUUAAUGGAUAGAGAGAUUUUCAUGGAGAAAAAGGAUGUUUAUAAAGAAUUAAGAUUACGAGGUUAUAAUUAUCAGGGUGAGUUCAAAUCGAUUGAGCGCUACGGAUUGAGCGGAAAAUUAGCCGUAAUUUCAUGGAAACAAAAUUUCGUCUCAUUCAUGGACAACAUGCUACAACUACAAAUUUUAGAAAAAGAUAGUCGCAAUUUAUACGUUCCAACAAGCAUCAACAAAGUGAUAAUUGAUGCUAAAAAACACCAAGAAUUCGCCCAGCUAUACAAAAACGAGUUACCCGCUUAUUUAUUUAAAGAAGUUAAUAUAAUUAGUUCUGGAGGUGUUGAAAUAAGCGGAUUAGGAGCCAGCAACAUCGCAAGAAAAAAACCACCAUCCCCUGUGUUAGAAAGUUACAAAUUCGUCCCAAAUCGCGCAAAAUUAACCUCAAAAAACGCAAUCCGAUGCAUAAUCCAAACAAUUUUAGAAAACACCAACACCAUCAAAGUAAAAGCAAUCGAAAUAAUCAAAAACGACCAAACCGACCCUUUAAUAACCAAAAUACAACAAACAUUAAACGAUUUACCUUUAAUCCAACCCGAAUUAACGGUGUUUUCGAAAAAUCCUAACCUCAAUUUGGAUGAGUCGAUUUUAAUUCAGAGCGAAAAUUUAAAAUUAGACUCCGAUUAUUUAGUUAUAAUCGCAACAAAUUUGUUAAAUAAUAACUUAAAUGAUGGUUUAAGGAUGGUUAAAAACGUUUCUGGGUUUGUUAUAACUAAAGAAGAAAAUUUUAAUGAGGAUUUUAACGAUAAAAUUGAUGUUUUGUGUUGUUAUGAAACUGAAAUUGGGAAAUUAUUGCUUUUAAAGGAAUCGAAUUCACCACCGAGCUUAAUCGAACCGAUUUUAAUCGAUGUUUCAUCAAUCGAUGAUUUAAAAUGGGUCGAAACGAUUAAAUUUGCGAAAAAUAAUAACAAAAAAAUCAUUAUUUAUUCGCAAAAUAAGCUUAGUGGGAGUUUAGGAUUGAUUAAUUGUCUUAGGAGAGAAUUUCCUGGUGAUGAUAUAACCUCGAUGAUAAUUAUGGAUGAAAAAACGCGAUUUGAUUUGAAUAACUCGUUUUUUAAAAAGCAAUUAAAUAAAAAUUUAGCUAUAAACGUCUUAGAAAAUAAUCAAUGGGGAAGUUAUCGACAUCUUUUACUUGAUCCCGAUUUAGAAGUUGAAAAUCAACACUGUUAUGUCAACGUAACCACGAAAGGUGAUUUAUCGAGUUUGAAAUGGCUCGAAGGGUCGAUUAAUCCAUCAAUUAGGAGUGAAUUAAACGCGAAAAAAAUUGUCGAUGUUUAUUAUGGGGCGAUAAAUUUUCGUGAUGUUAUGUUGGCUUCUGGGAAAUUAUCUGCUGAUGUUAUUACGAGUAAUAGGAUUCUUCAAGAAAACGUUCAGGGUUUUGAAUUUUCUGGAGUUGUUAGAAAUGGGGAAGAAAAAGUAAUGGGGAUGAUUACGAGCGGUGCUUUAUCAACGAUCGUUGAAGCAGAUCCAAAAUUUUUAUGGCCAAUUCCUAAUAGGUGGAGUUUAGAAGAAGCUGCUACAGUCCCUGUUGUUUAUAGCACGGUUUUAUAUGCUUUUAUAAUGCGUGGACGCAUGAAACACGGACAAUCGAUUUUAAUUCAUUCAGGAACCGGAGGAAUUGGCCAAGCCGCAAUAAACAUAGCAACCCAUAUGGGUUGUACAAUUUUCGUAACAGUGGGUACAAAAGAAAAGCGCAAUUUCAUCAUACAAAAUUUCCCCCAAAUCGACAAAAACCACAUCGGAGAUUCGCGCUCAACAUCAUUCGAACAAAUGAUUUUCAAAGAAACCAACGGAAAAGGUGUCGAUUUCGUUCUAAAUUCUUUGGCGGAAGAGAAGCUUUUAGCUUCGGUGAGAUGUUUGAGUAAAAACGGGACGUUUUUGGAAAUAGGAAAGUUCGAUUUGGCCAACAACAACGAUUUGGCGUCGAGUUUAUUAAAAAAACAGGCGAGAUUUGAGGGGGUUAUGUUGGAUCGAUUAUUCGCGGGAUCGGACGAUGUUAAAGAGAAAUUGGGGCGAUUACUUAUAUCUGGGAUUAAAAACGGAUCGGUUAAGCCGUUGGUGAGGACCGUUUUUCCGAGUGAAAAAGUUGAGGAGGCUUUUCGAUUUAUGGGGGCUGGAAAACAUAUUGGAAAAGUUUUAUUGAAAAUUCGACAAAAUGGGAAGCCCCAAAACGGAAUCCCCAGGUUAUGUUGCGAUCCGAACUCUACUUAUAUAAUUUUGGGGGGUCUCGGUGGUUUCGGGCUAGAAUUAGCCGAUUGGUUGGUGACGCGAGGUGCAAAAACUCUAAUUUUGACUUCAAGAUCACCAAAACGAACGGGGUAUCAAAAUUAUCGCUUAAACAUUUUUAAAUCCUACAAUGUUAACGUCAUAAUUCGAAACGACGACAUAACCUCAAUGGAAGGAUGCGAAAAUCUGUUAAAAUUCGCCGAAUCCUUACACCCCGUUCAAGGAAUUUUUAAUUUAGCGGUUGUUCUAGAAGACGCCCUCUUUGAAAAUCAAACGAUUGAAAGUUUUAAAACGUCGUUGGGGCCGAAAGCUUACGCGACGAGAUUUUUGGACGAAAUUUCGAGGAAAAUUUGUGCCGAAUUAAAGUAUUUCGUUGUGUUUUCUUCGGUUUCUUGUGGAAGAGGAAACGCGGGGCAGACUAAUUAUGGAUUUUCUAAUUCUGUGAUGGAGAGAAUUUGCGAGAAACGAAAAAUGGAAGGAUUUCCGGGUUUGGCGAUUCAAUGGGGGGCGAUCGGGGAUGUUGGAUUAGUCGCAGAUAUGCAAGAUAAUCAUAAAGAGUUGGUUAUUGGAGGGACUUUGCAACAAAAAAUUUCGAAUUGUCUUCAAAUUCUCGAUCGGUUAUUGAAACAAGAUGAAGCGAUCGUUUCGAGCAUGGUGGUGGCUGAAAAAAGAACCGCCUCUGAUGGGAUGAAUAUCUUGGACGUCGUCCUUGGGAUUAUUGGAGUUACAAAUAAAAAAAGCGUCAGUUUUCAUUCAACUUUGCCCGAAUUGGGGAUGGAUUCGAUGAUGGCUGUUGAAAUUAAACAAACGUUGGAGAGGGAAUUUGAAAUUUUAUUAACCCCACAAGACUUGAGGAAUAUCACCUUAGCAAAAAUUGAAGAAUUAAAAAAAACUCCGAAAAUAGACGAAGAAACGCCAACGAAUUCUAUUCCGAAUGAAAUUUUAAUAUUUUGCAGCACACUUGAUGAAGAUUUUUCCACAAUAACUCCUUUAGUACCUUUAAUGGCAUCAAAUAGCCCCACGAAUGUUUUCGCAUUCCCCGGAAUCGAAGGAUCAAGCUCCAUUUUUAAACCAUUUUUAUCAAAAAAUCCAAAAAUUAACCUCUUUUCGUUCCAAUACUGCCUCGAUAACUUAAACACCAUAGAAUCGCUAACGAAUAAUUUAAUUGACGUUUAUGAAGAUACAAAAAGUGGUGAUUUUAACAUAUUGGCAUAUUCUUUUGGAACUGUAAUAGCGACCGAGUUUAUGUACCGUUUAGAACAAAAAGGGAAAGUUGGGAAAGCUUUUUUCAUCGAUGGAUCAAUUCCGAUUAUGAAAAAAUUAGUUAACGAUGUUUUUCCGGUGCGUGAUCAAACAACUUUAGAAUCAAGCAUCCUUUUUAUGUUUUUGAUCAAGUUUAUGUCGUUUAAGGAAGCUUUAAAACACAAGGAUCAAAUCCAUCAACUCGCAACGUUAAGCGAUAAAGCAAAGUACCUCUUAAAACUGAUUAAUCGUGACGAUCCAAACGAUUGUUUACUUAAAUUUUGGAAGUGCCAAGUUUCGAGGUUAAAAUCGUUAGAUGGGUAUGUGCCGUUAAGUAAUUUCAAAUUAAAGUCGAAAAUAUUUUUGGCAAAACCAAGCCAGCCGAGUGUCGUUGAUGUUAAAGAUGAUUACGAACUUUCGAAUUUAAGCCUACAUCCAGUCGAGGUGAAAGUCUUUGAGGGAAAUCAUAGCACUAUCUUGGAAAAUGAUGCUUUAAUUGAGGAGAUUAAUAAGUUUUUUUUGUAAAACGUGAUUUGGUGAAAUAAAAUAAAGUUCUAAACUCAAA